UUGUUUCUGGGGAUUUUUAUUUGCAGAUUUGUUGAGCUAGAUUUAUAUGUUGAAAUUUGUUACUACAUAAUUGCUACAGUGUCCAGUUAUAUCUUUAUAAAUUUUCUAACAUCAAUCUGUGUCCAGAUAUAUCUUUAUAUAUUUUCUAACAUCAAUCUUUAUAUCUUUAUAUAUUUUCUAACAUCAAUCUGUAUCCAGUUAUAUCUUUAUAAAUUUUCUAACAUCAAUCUGUAUCCAGUUAUAUCUUUAUAUAUUUUCUAA